CAGGGGACCAGUGGCCGCCGGAAAUUAAUAAUUAUUGAUAAUUGUUAAUUGUUAACUAAAUAAAGGGAUUAUAACUAGACGGAAUUGUCAGCUGGCAAGUGGCACGUCAAGCAUAACCUGUCACUCAGUGAAAAGAUCAUAGUGUUGUGCUGUCAUCACAAAUUUCCAAAUGUCUGGAAAAAAUCGAUAAAAUUAUUAACAAACAAUUUAAUCAACAAUUCUCAAGAAGAAUGUCGGAGCUUCCACCGGAGCUGCUGGCUAGACCCCUAGCCCUAAUCGGUAUCACAGGUCUAGAUCUCUCAAACACGACCCACCGUUCAAUCUGGGACGCCUUCCAAAGCAAUCGCCGUCCAGACAACACCUCAGUCCACUUCAAACACCUUCCCCUAAGCCCAACCUUUCCCACUCCAAAACCUAAACGAAACUCCUACGAAUGGUACAUACCAAAAGGGAUCCUGAAGCGUAACUGGAUGCCGAAGUACCUGUGGGAAAUUCCAGCAGUUGUGGUCUGCUUUUACGAGUUAGACUGGACGGACCCGAAUUGGACGGAAAAGAAAAUGGAAUGCGCCUCCAGAGUGCAGGCAAUCAGAUCCUCAUUGGAGGGUCGUUCAACUCGAUUGGCAGUUGUUCUGAUCCAGAAGACACCACCGGACUCUGAAGACAGCGUGACAACGGAACGAGCGACUGCCCUCUGCACAGCCUGCGAGCUACCACCGAAGUCUCUGUACAUUCUGCCUCAUGGUGAUCAUCUCCAGGGGUAUACGUCUCGCCUUGAGAAUGCCUUCUACGAUCUCGCUCAAAGCUUCUACCAUCACCACCACAGGACAGUCAAAAGCCACAAGGAUCAACUGAACAAAACAACUCACCAGUAUCUUUUCGUCAGGCACCAGUUCAAGAUUGCUUUUCUUAAUGAACUCAGACAAGAGCCAGCUAUUGCAGUUGAGCAUUAUAAAAAAGCGUACAACACUCUCCUGGACAUCAGGAUGAUGGACACCAACACCUUUGAGAUCAAGACAGUCGGGGCUUUUAUCAAUUAUAAACUGUGCAAGCUGCAGUUUGCCCUGAAUCAGCCAAAAUACGCCAUCUCUCAGUUCCGAGUUCACACAGACAGAUUUCGAUUUCGAACAGGACCUGAAGACCUGAUAUUCGAGCACUACGCAUUCAUGGCGAAUCAGUACUCAACGUUCGCUGAAUUGUUUGACGAUGCGAUACGUCAGGGUCUCUCUGCGGUUCAGACGCAGCACCCGGGUUAUUAUUUUCAGAUAGCAGCGACUCAUGCAGGCGCCAGGCAGACAGCCUCCAAGGAACUCUGUGAGAAUGCCCUAAAGGUCGAGCCAGAUCCACUCGCUGAAGAAGCGAAGAUGGAGUUCUAUGGGCAGAGACCCUGGCGACCGGGAAAGCUGUCCGCAGAAUCUGCUGAUGCCCUCAAAGAGGCCCUCGGGAUUCAGGCCCUCAAAUGGAGGGAGAAGAACGUCGACCACUCGAUGAUUAUCAUUGGACUGCUGGGUAAUGCGAUGUCUCAAUUCAAGAUCUACCAGUGCCCCAGGACUCGACGCUUCCUCGCCGUCCAGAUGGCGGGUGAAUACUACAAUUGCAGGGAUUACGGGAAAGUUCUGACUCUUCUGACUCACAUGCUGUGGGAGUACAGAUCGGAGAAGUGGCCGUUGCUGUUGACCGAUGUUCUGACGAAAGCCAUGAGAGCGGCUUAUCUCAAUGCGAGUGUUCAGGACUACGUAACGCUGAGUGUCGAGGCUCUCGGUCCAGGAACAACGUUUCCAGGUGAUGAGCGUCAGAGAAUAUACAGAAAUCUCCUUGGGAUUUUGAAUCGGCAAGUACCAGAGGCUCAUCCUGGCUUGCCAGAUGAUGGAGUUGCUGAAGCAACCGAGAAGUGGAGUGCAGAGUUGAGUCGGCUUGAUGAUUUUGUCUCGACGAUUGAAGACUCGAACGUCGCGACCUUUCUCCAGGUUAAGGGUUCCUUCACAGCACCUAGAUUCAGUGCUAGAGGAGAAGUCGAGAUUGAAGUCGCUGUGAAGAACUUGUUUGAGGAGUGCGUCGAGUUUUCCAAGAUAUCCGUUGGGAUCUCGGGUCUUGGAGUCAGCACUGAGGUACCUGUUGAUGCAGAUGGUGAUCGGGGGUUCAAGUUUGAUGGAGGGGAGAUGCGGAGGUUCAGGUGUGAGUUUGCUAGUCCUCAGGUACCUGAUGGAAUGGAGAUUCAGGUGAAGGCUGUGUCGCUGGUGUUGGGGGAUGACAAGCGACGAGUUGUUUUGAAGUUUCCUGGUGAUCCUGGGGGGCUGGAGGGGCUGGGGAGUAAGGGGAGCUUCGAGGGAAUCAGAACCAUUGGCACUGCGGUGAUCAGACAGGAUGAGGCACCUCUCGCUGUUGAUAUCACAUCGAGAACUCCUGCGCUGUUGAGUGAGUGGCUGCCCGUCAAAUUUCAGGUGACGACGAAGGAGCCCGUCUUCAAGCUCUCCGUCGAGAUCAAACAGAAUUACCAGGAUCACACCUCUGAUUCGGCAGCUGAGUUGAGUGCAACCAUGAGUAGCAAGGAGAGUUCAGUGGCUUUUGAGGUCGAGGCUGUUGCUGUCGGAGAGGUUAUUCAGAGAACUGUUUAUGUGAGGUCUCAUCAGGUCGGUAUUCGCAACUUCCUCGUGAGACUGGAAUUCCUUGGGGAUGAUCAGAUGAAACGAGUGAAGGAGGAGACUCACGUUGUGGAGAUUGUCAAACCUUUUGACGUUGGCACUCAAUUUUACAGCAGAUUGUUCGAGCCUCUGACGAAGGCCUUCGUUGAUGAGGGGUUCGUUGUCAUGCCGAAUAUCGAAUGCACCUCUCCGUGGCCACUCAGGAUUAUAGAGACUUCCGUGGAGCUCGGGCACGCCCUGAGAGAGCAGCCAGGACCUUCCGGACUCCUCAAUGGUCUGACCAUCGUCGAGGGUGAAUCCGCUACGGACGCCUUCUGCGUUGUCCCAAGGACAUCCUCAGGGCAACCAACAUCCACCGGUGUUUACACAAUUAGGUGGAGGCGGGAUGAUGGUGAGGGGAUUGAAACGAGCACCAGUGUCACCCUGGCCCCGCUUUGGGUGGAGGAAGGGCCCGUGGGGAUCGAGGCGAAAAUCCCAGCUCAGGGCUGGGUCAGGACUCCUAUGUGUGUCAGCUACUACCUCAAGAAUCGAUCUGAUUAUUUGAUCACUCUCAAGAUGACGAUGGAGGCCAGCGAUGCUUUCAUGUUUGCUGGACAGAAACAGGUGGACAUCUACCUCAGACCACAGAAGGAGAGGAAAGUCGAGUGGAUCCUCAGGCCCUUGGUCGCCGGUUUUGUCGCCCUCCCCACCCUCAAUCUCAGCGUUCCUCAAGAAGAGGAGCACAAAAUCAGCAGGGGUAAACUGGCAGAAGUCCUGGAGAGAUCUCUUCCCACUCACGUUUAUAUCAUGCCAAAAUCGUUGACAUCAGAGGAACUGUUGGGAUAAACAAAUUUAUCCGGUAUUUUGUUAAUUCUACAAGAUGCAAUCGAUAUAAUUAUUGCGAAUAAAGUAUUAAAGUUAUAAAUUA